AUGUCUGUUUAUAAUGUUGCUGAAAUUAAAUACCUUUGGUUUAGAAAGGUAGUAAUCGGAACUCCAGGUGGCCGACAACAGGCCGGGACUGCAACAGGUGAAUCAGGUGUUGGGUUAAAUGUUUUACAUAAAUCAUUAUAUCAGGGGAUUAUUGUUUCCCUAGAUUUGUCUGCUAAUCGUGAAAAGCAAUCACCAUCUCAAAACGAUGCUCAGAAACUUGAAGGUUUGCUUACCGAAUCCAUUCUAUCCUACGGGAGCGGAUUUCUUGGCUUGAAGCUACAAAUCAGGAUUUGUGUCGCAAACCUCAUGAGAAUCGCAAUGGAGUCAUCACUAUUGAUCAACAAUCUUUCUCUAAAUGAUGCAGGAUUUAGUGGUGGUGAACUGCUUAUACAGUCGGAGAUGCAACAUGGUCCGGUGAAUAUGGUGGCGGGUGCCCAGAAUGUGAAUGGGGUUGCAGUUGGUGGACUUGAAGGGUAUUUGGGUAAUUCGAGGUUUUCCUAUUAG